AUGAAGAACUAAUAGUUUUUAUAUACUAAAAAAUGGGUAUAGGAUAAAGAAGCUAAAAAUUGUAAGAUAUGUCAAACCCCAUUUAAGGCAAUAUUUAAAAGGAAACAUCAUUGCAGAAAUUGUGGAGAAGUAUUUUGCGAUAGGUACAAAUUUUUUGUUAAAGCUUAAAAUAGUUGUUCAAAUUUCUUUAUGGAUAAAACUAACUUUAAAAACUUUCAAGAUAUAAAAAAAAAUAAAGUAUGAUUGUCUGAUGAAUAGUAAGGUUCGAUUAUGUCAAGAUUGUUAUCAGGAAAUUAGCAAAAAAUUAAAAGAAAAUGGAGAUUUGGUUGAAGAUAAGAAUGGAGUUAAUUUUAAUGAGGAAUAAUAGAUGAGGAAACAUUCAAAAUCUUUAAAUGUAUUUAAUGAGAAAUUGCCAAAUACUGAAAAAGAAGUAUAUUAUUAUUUUUAUAUAUCUAAAAGACGUAUUCUCCUGGAACAUUAAAUCUAGUACCAACAGCAAUAAAUGAUCAAAAAAUCUAGUUAAAAGUUAAUAAGAUUCAAAUUCCUGAGAUUAUAACUAUAGGAGAAGAUAUAGAACGAAAAUAGAAGAAAUUAGAAUAAGACAUGAUUGAGAUAAUUGAAGACUUUGUGGAAAAGAGAAUCAGAGCUUUUGGAAUUAAUGAUAAGUGGUAAGGAGUGAUGUGCAAAUUUAUAACUAAUUCAGUAUAGGAUUUGAAAUAUCAUUAAACAGAUAAUUAAUAAAAGAUUGAUAAUAAGGUUGGUUAUAUUAGAAUAAAAAUAAUCCCAUUCAUUAAUUAUACAGCCACUCGUUAUUUAAGAGGAAUAACAAUAAGAAAGAAUAUAGCUCAUAAACGUAUGAAAACUCAUCAUAAAAAACCUUUAUUUUUAUUAUUGAGUGGAUCUUUAGAUCUAGAUAUUUAGAAUUUUGAAAAUGUAGUAAAGAAUUAAAAUAAGUAUCUUUAAUAAGCAUUAGAAUAAAUAGAGAUGCUUAAACCAAAUAUCAUUUUAGUAGAGAAGAGUAUAAACAAUAUUUUGUUGAAUGAAUUAGUUAAAAAAGAUAUUACAGUUUCAAUAUAAUGUAAAAUAACUCAACUCAGAAAGGUUGAAUAAGCAGUCUAAGGAAGGAUAUAGAGAGCAGUUGAUGUCUUUACUAUGCGCUGUGAUAAAGAUUGCAUUGGAAAAUCUGAAACUGCAUCUUAUGUUUGUUGUGAUCCAGAAACUAUCAAAUCGAAUCUUAUUCUCUAUAAUUAAUUAGAUGAUAAAGAUAAAUCAUUACUUGAAGUGCAUUUAGAAAAAAAGAAAAAUAGAGGUUAUACUUUAUUAUUUAUUCACACACCUUAAUCUAAUAAUUCAUUUUAAAUUACUUUAAGUGGACCUAAGAUAAGUGAAUUGAUCAAUGUUAAAUAUUGUUUUUAAUAACUAUUUUGCAUUUGUUACUAAAUGUCUUUAGAAUUUGAAAUGAUUUUACUUGAUUAGAAAAUUAAAUAGGAUUUAGAACUUACAUAUAAAUCAAAUGAUAAUGAAAUCUCACCUUUGAUCACUUGUGGUGAAAUUUUUAAUUUCUCAGUUUUAAUUAUGACAGAAUAUGAAAAUCAAAUUAUUAAACUUUGUAAAGUGAGAUACUAUCCUGCUGUUGUCAAUAAGAUUCAUGAUAUUCAAAAAAAAAAUAAGUAAUAAUAAUUUUAUUAUUAUUAUUAGUGAAGAAAGUUUAGAAAAUUAUAUAUAAGAAAAUAUUAAAAAUAUUAAUAAUAAAAAAAUUCCUUAUUUUUGUUAAUUAUGUGAUUGUUAAAAAGAAAUUGUUAGUUUUUAUGGGAAUUUUGAAUAAAAUAAAGAAGAUAUAGGUUAAGAAAAAUAUACAAAGGAUGAUGUUAGUUUAGGAAAGUAUAUUAGUAAUAAAGCAUCGAUUCAAGGUUCAAAAAAAAAAUGUGGAAAAUGUUAAACUAAAAAGAUAAAUCACGUAUCAAUUAGAUAUGGGCCAGGAGCAUUUGUAAGAUGUGUAGUUGAUAAAAAAAAACAAUAAAAUUUAUAAGUUAAAGCUAGUACUAAUUUAAGCAAAGAAUUUAUGAACGCAUCUAGUUUCCUUUAUCCUACUCUUAAUGAUGAGAUUUUAACAUAAACAGAUAAUUUGUAAGGAGAAACAGAAUCUAGAAUUCAAUAGUAAAUAGAUUUAAACAUUCUAACUUAUAUAAAGUGUCUUAAUUCUAAUUGUGAUAAAUAAUUAACGAAACCUUUUAAAUUGGAAAAGUAUCAUUUAGAAUUCUCAUUUCAUAGACUGAUUUAGUAUCUUAUAAAAAAUUCACUUCGACUUAAGAAGAUACAUAGAAAAGAUUGGCUUUUAUUUGAAGGAGAAAUUAAAGAAUAAGGAGAUAAAUUAGAUGGAUGCAAUCAUAGCUAAACUGAAAGAGUGUUUGAAUGUGAUGAAUAUUAAAUUAAAUUCUUUACUAAUCUAUUUGAUAUUUAUCAAAUAAAACAUUUUUAAUAUGAUUGUUAAGAUGUCAAAUAACAUAUUGAAAAGUGUGAUAAAGAAGAAUUAGAUAAAAGAAAAGAUAUUUUGAUUUGCUAUCUAUAAAAACUACUCUAGCUUAUUUAAAAUUAUGAUAAAAAUGUUAGGUAUGGUAAUAUGGCUGUAUCAAUAACAUCCAUAUAAAUCUAACUUAAUAUAUCUGAAAAAAAUAAUAAUAUUGUUUAAGAAACUUCUUCAAAUUUAAUCUCCAAUUUCAUUGAAAAGUUAAAUUAAGCAUCAUAUCCUGAUUUUAUUGUAUUAGAGUAAGAUAGUAUGUAAGUAUACUAACGUUUAUAUUAAAUAGAAAUUGCUGAACAAAUGAGAAUUUAAAAAAUUAGAAAUGACUUAGAUUAUUCCAGAUCAAAAAUAUCCAUGUUUUCUUUAGUAACUAGUGAAGGCGGACCUUUUAUGAAAAAUUCAAUAAGAAAGGCUUAAAAAGAAUUUUCUACAUUAAUAUAAACAUAAUCAAAUAAUAAUGAAAACUUAUAUCCAACUCAAAAUUAAUCCACAAUAUAAUUGACUCAAUCUCCUUAAUCUUCUCCUAAUUAAGGAAAUCUAAAUUAAUAUGAAGAAUAAUAAUAAGAAUUAGGAAAUGAAAAAACAUUUGAAAACGAUUAAAAUUUUUUUAAUUAUUUAAUUGAAAAAUGGCCUAGAUUAGCCAUGAAUUAUGAUUAAACUAAUAUGUAAAUUAAAUCAUUUUAUGAUUACAUUCCAAUUUAUAGUCAAAAUGAUAUAGGUUUAAUUACAGCUGCUUUAAAUCAUCCAAAAUAUUAUGAUUUAUAUGAAAAUAAAUAUAAAUUUGUAGAAUUCUCAGAUAAAAUUGAAAAUACUUUAUUUUAAAAAGAAAUUGAAUUAGAAGCUGAAAGAAUUUUAAAAGAAUAAUCUAAAUUAGCAGUCACAGAAGAAUUUCAAAUUAAAUUAUCUAAAAUAAAUUCAUCCUAUAAGAAAAUGAGUUCAAAUAAUUUAUAAGAAGUUGAAGAAGACGAACAAACUAUAAGUUAAACAUUAGGAGAGUCUCCCAGGAAACCAUCUAAAUGUGCUACUGUCUAAUUAUAUUAUCCAAAAUAAUUUGAAUGUAUUAGAAUUUUAAAUAGAAUUAAAAUCAAAUAAUUUAUUAAAUCUAUUACAAGUUGUGCUAAUUGGAAUUCAGCAGGAGGUAAAAGUGGAUCAACUUUUUUUAAAUCAUCUGAUAAUCUAUUUAUUUUCAAAGCUGUUAAAGAAUCAGAAUUUAAUAUGUUUGAAUCAUUUGCUCCAAAAUAUUUUGAGUAUCUUUAUUCUAAUAUAUUUGCUUAAAAACCUUCUGUAUUGAAUAAAAUUUAUGGGAUGUUUACAAUAAAAAAUUCUUUAGGAACUACUUAUUAUAUUGCAAUGGAAAAUUUAUUUUGGGGCUUAGAAGGUGAAUUGAUUGUUUAUGAUCUUAAAGGUAGUAAAGCUAAAAGAUGGAAUCGUAAAAAUCUUAAAACACUCCUUGAUACCAAUUAUAUUAUAGAUCGCAAUGGUGAGCCUCUACCUAUCUAAGAGUAAGAUUAUUAUUUCUUAGAAAAGGCACUCGAAUCUGAUUCUUAAUUUUUACUUGAUGUUGCUGUUGUAGAUUAUUCUUUAUUGUUAAUUAUAGAUAAAUAAAAUCAAUAGAUUAAACUCUCAAUUAUUGAUUAUUUAUAAUGCUAUGAUUUAAAAAAAAAAAUGGAAACCACGUAAAAAUUUUUCAUUUUAAUUUAGAUUAAAAACUGCAAUUAAUCUAGGAACUGAGCCAACUAUUAUAAAUCCAAAAGAAUAUCAAGAACGAUUCAUGAAAGCAAUGAAAGAAUACUUUAUGGGGAUAUACUCAUCACUAUGA